AUGCAAAUUACGGGCCGGAACCAUAAAAUAACCAAUCUCGUCAGUGUCACCAGCUUUUCCGUACCUAUUGCCUUCUUCCCUGCCGUCGGUGUUGGCAGAGCCGUCGUCCUUAUCGUUACUAUUGUCACUGCAAGCACUGCCAGCUUUACUAUAUAUUUUAAUGUAUUCUCCUCACCUGUCUUCCAGACUUCUGCGGAUUGGCCUGAAUUGUGCUCUUCUGAAAAGCCCCAACCUUCAGGUGUCUCCGCAAGCCGACAGGCGACCGAGUCAAUCUGGGCUGAAAUGACCGGUUCCUAG